CCGCGUUAUUGCGCUCGCCCCGCCGCCGCCCGGCGAGCCGCGAUGCGCACAGGGGCCGCGCCGCCCCGGGGCCGCCGCCGCCGCCACCGCGCCGCACCAUGAAGCUCCGCAGCAAGGCGGCGGCGCUGCUCCUGCUCGCGCUGGCAGCGCUGCUGCUCGCGCUGCUGUCCCUGCGCGCCGGCCGCGCCGAGCCCCCCGCGCCCCCCGCGCCCCCCGCGCGCCCCGCGUCCGUCCCGCAGCGCCACUCCGCGCCGGCCCCCGAGCGCCUCCCGGGCCCGGGCGCCCCCCCGGGGGCCCGCCCGCGCGCUCGGCGGCGCCGGCCCCCGCGUCCGCGCCCCCGAGCCGGCCGCCGGGGCGCCGCGAGCCUGGAGAAGUUGGCGAGGAGGCCUGGAGAACUCAGGAGUUUUCAGGCCGUGCUGCCUCCGGAGCUCUGGAUCCAUUUGGCUGUGGUGGCCUGUGGCAAUCGUCUGGAGGAGACCCUGGUCAUGCUCAAAUCCGCUGUACUCUUUAGCCACAGGAAGAUCCAGUUUCACAUCUUCACAGAAGACUCUCUGAAGCCCGAGUUUGAUAAGCAGUUACGACAGUGGCCUGACUCGUAUACAAAGAAGUUUGAGCACAGAAUCUACCCCAUCACGUUUUCGGUUGGAAACCCUCAGGAAUGGAAGAAAUUAUUCAAACCCUGUGCUGCUCAGAGACUCUUUCUUCCGGUGAUUCUAAAGGAUGUGGAUUCACUCCUCUACGUGGACACGGAUGUUCUCUUCCUGAGACCCGUUGAUGACAUCUGGAAGCUUCUGAGGCAAUUUAAUGCCACACAGCUUGCAGCCAUGGCCCCCGAGCAUGAAAUCCCCAAGAUUGGCUGGUACAGUCGCUUUGCUCGGCACCCUUUCUAUGGCUCUGCAGGAGUUAAUUCAGGAGUCAUGCUGAUGAAUUUAACUCGCAUAAGAAGUACCCAGUUUAAGAACAGCAUGAUUCCAACAGGCUUGGCUUGGGAGGACAUGUUGUACCCUCUGUACCAGAAGUACAAGAAUGCCAUCACGUGGGGAGACCAGGAUUUAUUAAAUAUUAUUUUUUAUUUCAAUCCAGAGUGUCUAUAUGUGUUCCCCUGCCAGUGGAACUACCGCCCUGAUCACUGCAUGUACGGAAGUAACUGCAAAGAAGCUGAGCGGGAAGGCGUGUCUGUCCUGCACGGGAACCGAGGUGUCUACCAUGACGAUAAACAACCCACUUUCAAAGCGCUCUAUGAAGCAAUACGGGAUUUUCCCUUUCAAGACAAUCUCUUUCAAUCCAUGUAUUACCCGCUCCAGCUGAAGUUUUUGGAGACUGUGCACACUUUAUGUGGACGAAUCCCACAAGUGUUUUUGAAGCAAAUCGAGAAAACAAUGAAAAGGGCUUAUGAGAAACACGUCAUCAUCCAUGUGGGCCCCAACCAGAUGCACUGAAUAUUUUUCAUGUUGUCGCAAAUGGAUUAGGCCUCUCGGGAACAAGGCGACGUUCAUCUUUAAGCUGCCUGGAUCUCUUUCAUGUGAAUAUUUAAUGGUGCUCUGUGACAGUUGAGUUUAAAAGGCCUCAUUACAUGUUGCUCAUUUCGUUGCCCCUAAAAGGAAAUAUGCUUUAAUUUUUUUAAAAUUGCUAUUUAUCUCUUUGGGGUUUUUUUUAGUUGUAUUAUUACUCACUUCGUAUUGUUCAAGCAGGUGGAGCUAGCUGUGAAAAGGAAUUUUGUGAGCCUUCCAAUGCCUGUUAAACGUCUGAGACCACAUCAGUGCCAUCUCCUGUUGUAUAUUAAUCUAGUAUCCUUGAGACUCUUCCUAUGCAAUAGACACCCCCAUAUUCUUGUUAUAACAGGAAUCUAUGCUUGUUGUACAAAAGAGAAUGUUAAACAUUUGUAGGGGUGGGUGCCUGGGUGGCUCAGUGGGUUAAGCCUCUGCCUUCAGCUUGGGUCAUGAUCUCAAGGUCCUGGGAUCGAGUCCCAUGUUGGGCUCUCUGCUCAGCAGGGAGCCUGAUUGCCCCUCUCUCUCUGCCUGCUUGUGAUCUCUCUCUGUGUGUCAAAUAAAUAAAUAAAAUCUUAAAAAAAUUUGUAGGGAAUACAGGUCCAUGGACCAAAAUCAAAAUUAGAUUAGCCAUAAUCCUACCAACCGGUGAAAAGAUUGUUAUUUCAAUGGGGGGUUGCUUCCAGCCUUUUCUCCCUACUUCUAUAUUUAUUCGCUGGUUGUCUUUUCCAUUGUAAUACAUAUGUGAAACAGUAGUUGAGUGAAAGCUGGCACCUGCUCUGAGAUUUUUCUGUAGAGAUGAAAAUUUAGAGAAAAUGAUUAUGUUUACAGUGCUUUAUUUAAAAUACGUCUGGCAGAAGUAUUCAGAUUUCUACUGAUUGGCAGUGUUAAAGGAUGAGGCAUAUCUGGGGUUGUUUUUUUAAGAAAAGUUGUUUAGAUUAGCGGAAGAUUAAAUCAUAAGAAAUAUUUCUGCAACCAUACCUUCUGAAAGGAAAUUCAAUAAUUGUGCUAAACCCACGGGGUCACCUUAACAGAGAUGUGAUUUUGUGUUUACCCACAGACAAAAACAUUUUAUCUCUUACCCUAGUAAGGGUGACCUUCUCUCUUCUUUAAACUCUUGGGCAACAGGUGGAAAUUAAAGGCCAACUUCAAACUCAUGUGUACAGAAUAGAUAGUUUAGCUGAUUCCACUGACAAAAAAAUUCACCUUCAUACCAGCCUUAGAAAGGGCCCUUUGAAUAAUUUUCCUUCUCUAGGGUUACCCGGCUGUUAGCCAAGGAACCAGGCAGGUCUUAUCACCUAGCUACAGCAGAGGAAAUUCUAUAUUCCCCCAAGGGAGCUGACUUAAUCCCUAGUUGCACCUGUAGCUGGUAUCAGGGUAAGAGCAUUUUGCAUAAGGCUUUAUUUAUCUCAGAAAACUUGUGCAGAAAUGAUCUUGAUGUUCACAACAACCUAAUGGUCUUAGGUCUUCUUCUUACAAAGAAACAAGGACACCCAAUAUAAUUGCUAUUCUGUAAGACAUACAGUUAACAUAACAUACAGGGUAACACGAAUCCUGUAUUGCAGACAAAUUUUUGGAAAUAAAAAUAUUAAGUGCUUUUCAUUAUAUAUAGACAGUGAUAAAGAUAAGUACAAAUAGAUAAAGAUAGAUAAAGAUAAAAAGAUAAAGAAAAGUAUAAAAUGAAAAAUAAUAUUUUGUUAGUGCAAAUGUGGUAUUCUAUGUACUGGAACCCAGUUCAAUGUCAUAGGUACUAUAUCCAUAGAAAAAGUCUUACGCUGAAAAAAUAUAUGAAAAUCUCAGCACUCCAAAGAAAUAUAUAGAUAUAAUGAAUAUUGGUAUACAGCACCAUUAUGGUAAUAACAAAUUCUGAAAUGUUAGAGGAAUGACCCAUACUUUCGUUUCGAUCAGUUUGAUGGCCUGUGAUUUGUUAUUUUUGUUAAGGAAAUUACCAUUAUGAUGUAGAACUCUUCACUGUUAUAUUUUCUGCUUCCUCAUUUCACCAUUAAAGGUGAUGUCAUUUAUUAUUUUAUAUCUAAAGGCCUUGGGGCAAUUUUUGGAUUGUCUUUUGGAUGGGAGAGAAAGCAUCCUACAUACCCACAAAUGGGGUUUUAAUGAAAGAGCCAGAAUUCCCUGACUUCUGUUCCAGUCUUCCUACUUGUUCAGCAUGGCCAGUAAACCCAACAAAUGUCAUUCAGAUUUGUUGAUGACUUACCAACCUAAAGAAGUUCCUUUCCUCCUUCGGUGAGUUCCACAAAAAUUCUGCUGUAAAGGCUUUGAAUUCUGCAAUACCUUUUCUUUUAUCAGAGUCUGGUUUACCCAAUAGUCUUGACUAUUGGUUCUGGUCUAAAUACCCAGAAUCGGAUUUCUAACAAUGGUCCAUGAGAGAAUUCUAGAACAUUCUAGAAUGAUGCAGUAUGAGAACGUGAAACUUUAGAAUUUGGUAUGCUUUCCUGCCUUGGAAUUUCUUCAUGCUAUCUUGAAAUUUGAGGUGAGUUUGGUGGAGAAUUUGGAGAACAUUUGCUGUUCCAAUCUCUGCUGCCUGAAAGUGCUAAUUAUUUUCUAUUUGGUAUGUUACCAUGAGGCAGUAUUUUCUCUGCCUUUGAUAAUUUUCAGACAACUAUGACAUUAGCACCUUAGAAAUCUGGGAACUGUAAAUUUCAAUUCAGUGACUCCUAAAUCAUGCAGUCUAUGGUCUGAAGUUUGCCAAAGGUUGUGUUGCUCCAUAUGGCACGUUGUAUCUGUAUUGGGAAGAGCAUGAGACUGGUUCUCUAUCUCCUCUUCUUGUUUCCUUCAGAAUUCUGGUCAAUGCAUGUGACUACAGAGUUCCACAGAAGAAUGAAAGAACACUUGCCAAUAGAAAAAUGUAUUUUUGUAUAUAUUGAGAGUGAGACUUUCUAUAGUAGGGUCACUAUUCUUAUAAUAUUUUUCUUGCUGACACAAAUCUCAAAAAUUGUGACUUACAUUAAAAAUUUCAACGUUUAAAAAAAAUUAACUGGCUAGAAAAUCUGUUUAAGUUUUCCUUCAACUUCCUGAAUGACAAUUUAGCAUUUAGGGGAGAACACUCCAGCUUCACUGUUUAUUUGAAGUCUCUGUUACAUAGUGCUUCCAUUGUGACUUGUUGUGACUAUGACUGGAUUUAGCAUCAAAAUGGAUGUUUAUAUGGACUCAUCAAGGUUUGAGAGUAUUUAUCUUAUUACCCCUACGGUGUUCAUAAAACAAGCCAGCCAUACAAGACUUUACUGAUGUCACGAAAUAGUGAUCCAGUAGUAGAAUAAUCCCUCCACCCACCCAGAAGAGAGGACAACAUUCACAGAAAUUUAGAUUUAUGUAUAACUGUUGCCCAAUAUUUAUACAAAAAAAAAGAUAGAUUGCACAUGUUGGGUGAACCACCGUGAACAUGAUUUCAUGACU